AUGAAACGAAUUAGCUUGAGGGCUCAAGGGCCAAAGCCGCGAGGCCCUGUCUGCCAAUUGUGUCAAUUCUCUACUUCGGGCUCGCGCACUCUUCCCAUCGCCCGACUCUCGACUCCAGCAAGCCGACUUUCGAACAGCAAUCCGCCGCUGCAAUCAAGACAUAGCAUACAAUCAUCGUUCUCCUCGCCAGUUCUCCUGACACGGCGCUAUGCGUCUAAGCAUUCUACACCGGAUUCCACCAUUCAGCAGGUCGCAGAAGAGGCAUCGGCGUUGCAAACGUCGGACCAAGUGCCCUCGAACGAAGCGGUCGUGGAGGUGCUCGCAAAAUGCCAGAAGAUAGCCGAGGCCUUAGUUUCACGAGAAAACGAUGGCGCGUCAUUGAACGACGAAGGCAAUGCGAUCUCUUCGCUUCUGGACAUGGAAGAGAAGAAACGCGCGUCGGCUCCCGCAGAGAAACGAACCCACCAAGCCCGGACCGCGAAGCUGGACUCACCACAUGCGGACUCGAUAUCGCGCAUUGCGAAUGAUCUCCUGACGGACAAGAAGGUGUUUAUCUCCCCCGAGGCACUGGAGCACUACACCAAGAUCCAGACCCUUUUGCGACGAGCCGAGCACUUCCCCGAGAUUUUCAACCUGUACGCCAACAAGCCAGUCCCCGAGGCCAACAGUUCGCCGAUCAAAUACCUCAAGCCGAAACCCAAGAGCAUCAACAGUGCUGUUCCGUCCGAGCUGGCUACCAUGGCUCUGGAUGUUGCCAUCGCCCAGAAGAACCUGCCACUCGUGUUGGCCAUCAUCGACAAUACUUUCUGCGCACCCGCUUUCCACCGCGCAAAGGUCUUCCGAAAGGCCGGUAUACCAUUGGCUGGUCUUGCAAGCGCUCCGCUUGCGUGUUAUGCCGCUGCCACUUGGGCGGCUUCGGUCCAGAAUACCAUGGACCCCAGCACGGCGACUGGCAUUGCUUUUGCGGCCUCCUUGGCUUACGUUGGCGGUACAUCGUCUAUGGGUAUUUUGGCUAUCACUAGUGCUAAUGACCAGAUGGAACGUGUUACCUGGUUGCCUGGUGUUCCUCUACGGCAUCGGUGGUUGCGGGAAGAAGAGCGGGCGGCUCUGGAUAAGGUCGCCUGCACAUGGGGAUUCAAGGAUCCCUACAUGCGGGGAGAGGAAGUCGGGGAGGAGUGGGAGAGUCUCCGAGAGUUUAUUGGCAUGCGCGGCAUGAUUUUGGAUAAGACCGAGUUGAUGGCCGGGAUGGAAUAA